AUGUCGGUCCUGGAGCGAGACAAAGGUCACGCGCAAGUCGAGCAAGGCACCCAACAGCUGGCGCAGAAGCGCAUGGAAUUUGUCCAGGAGUUGGCAACCAGACAAGCACCCGUCGCGUUGGCAGCAGGAUUGCUGCAGGGAUUUCGCUUGGAUGGUUUACUUGGAGUGCCUGCAAUGGUCAGCGACCUUCUUGCUGGUAGAGAUUAUUGGCGCCUCAGUCCUGCCCAGCGCGUAGCAGCGCAGCGUCGCUUGUGCUUGGGUGCCCGUGCCAGCUUGGCGCGCAGUAGUGUGGCCGAGGCCCACAGCAUUGAAGAUCAAGACACCUACCAAAACCUGCUGCAGCUGCAGAAAUUGGAAGCAAUUUUGAUAUAUUUAGGAAAAGUCUCAAAGUAUCUCAAAGUCAGGUCGUCAGGUUCCUUUUUUGGAGGGUAA